GGCAACUCCCAGCACACACGUGCAGCCCCAGAGGAAUUUCGUUGCAGUUUUUUUUGCUUAAUUUAACGCGAUUUAUCAAUUGUUUUAACUAAAUACAAUGUCGAUUAAUGGCAGGAAGGAACCCCAGGGCGGGGGCAAGCAACAGUUGCACAAUGUUCGCUUCUACACGAUAAAACCGAGUGGCAUUGUCAGCAUGGCCUACAGUAAAUCGAGCAAGUUCCUCGCUUUGAGUCGUCAAGUCCUCGUGCUGGAGCUGUGGAACUUGGAACACGCUCCCUAUCUGGAUCGGGUAAUCCACCUGCCGAUCGGUUCGCCAAUAGAGUCUCUCGCUUGGGCGGGAAAUCGUCUGUUUUCCGUGGAUCUCGGUGGUAAACUUAUCGAGUGGGAUUGGGUAAACCUUAAGCCACGGUACGAGCACUCGCCCACCGGCAAUGCCCUCUGGAGUCUGGACGUAAACCCCGCGGGAACUGAAUUGGCCGUGGGUUCCGAGGAGGGACACAUCAACCUCCUGAGCAUCGAGAACGACGAGAUCACCUAUAAGUCCAUUUUUAACAAGCAAAACGGCCGCGUUCUCUGCCUAAAAUUUGAUAAGACGGGAACGAAACUGGUGACCGGCACCGAGGGAUUUGUGCGCAUUUGGAACGUCCUCAAGGGAACCACUCUUCACACCAUGACUCUCUCCAGUAAGGAUGUGAUUGUUUGGUCGCUGCAGUUCCUGUCGGAUAAUACGAUUAUUGCCGGCGAUUCGGCGGGGUAUGUGACCGUUUGGAAUGCAGAGAAUGGUACACAGAUCGACCAUACCCAAGUUCUGGACAAGAACGUAUUCUCCUUGGCUGUAAACGAAAAGGAGGAUCGAUUGGUCUGCUGCGGAAUGCGCCCACCGCUCAUUAGGAUUUUCAGCAAGACACAGAUCAAGCGGGAGGAGUCCACUAGUGAGCGUUGGAUCAAGUAUCUGCAACGCGGUGUCCACAAACACUAUGUGAGAUCCCUGCUAGUAAUAGAUGGACAGAUAUUCUCCGGAGGCUUGGAUGGUAUAUUGACCGUUACUAACAGCGAAAGAAUGGGGGCACAUGUAUCGCGACAUGGUCCCUUCGUCAAGGGGCCCGUAGCUUCAUUGGCCCCCAGCAAAAAGCUUUUACUCCUACGUUAUGCCGUAAGCUUGCACCUGUGGCGCUUGGGUUCUGCAGCUCCCCAAGACAAGGAUAAGAAAAAAGAAUGGGGACAGCCACUUGGUGGCUCGGAGGAACUUGUUUUGGAGCAACCUCCAAAGAAACUACUUCAAUUAAAUGUCAAAAAGCGAAACUUCAUCCAAGCUUCAGCCAUUUCGCCCGAUGCAAAAUGGAUUUGCUACUCUACUUUAACUGAACUCCGUUUAAACCGUUUGCAGAUUAAUCCCCUGCAGGUGGAGCGUCUGAUGGACCUCAGAGUUGCACCAGCCAGUCACAUCAUCUUCACCAAGCAGGACGGACUAGCGCUGCUGCAUCCCAAAAAUAACCAUCUUAGUUGGUUUACCCUAAAGGAAGAUGGGGCUACCUUCAAAUCCGAAGUGGAUUUGAGUGACCAUUGUAAAAGUAUCAUAAGCCAUCUAGUGGUUUCCACAGGUGCCGAUUACCUGGUGGCAGGAACCGUGGAUAAGACAAUAUCGGUUUGGAGCCUUCAAGGGAAACAGUACAAACACCUGCUGAAUUUGCCGAGGCACCUAGCGGGAAUCACAGCCUUAGCCAUGCACGAGGAUCAUCCCCGAGUGGUGGUGGCCUACGCGAAUGGCCAGAUAGUGGAGUACGAUCUGGCCAAUCGGAUCUUCACCUGUGAAACUGAAGAGUACCUGAUACCGGACACCAAGCACUAUCCCAUCAGGGGCAUCAACUUGGAUCCCACGAAUCCCAAUGUGUUUUUGGUAAACACCGAAACAGACCUGUAUGUUUUGGAGAGAAAUUACGAUUUUGAGCCCAAGGAGCAAGUGAUCAAGAAAAAGACGAAGAAGCUAUCAAAAGAAACCCGCUCCUCAGUGGCUGCAAAUCCAAAGAGCUUGACCCUUAAGACUCAGCUACCUCGCCAGCACCUGGUGCACGUGUCCCGGCUCAGCCCUAACGAACUUGUCAACGUCAGCAUUUCGACAAACAAUAUGUUGGCUCCGCUGCCGCGGCCGUACAAGCGGAAGACGUUCGGUACCGGGUAAACGGCUUGUUGGAGGAUGAGCAUGGAGGCUCUCCACUUAGGUUUACCCAGUAGUUUCCACUUAGUUACCAAAAUAAAAUCAAAAAUAGAAAACAA